UUUGCAACGCCCAUCAACAGCAUCCCCAUCACAUUCUGCUCAAGCACGUGUAUCCAGCUUUACUCCAUGUAGAUUGGCUUCUUACCUGUCCACCUAGUCUGUGUGUACUCUGAAAGAAAACCACUCGUAGAAUUACCUACUUGCAUUUUGUCAAAGAGUUAUUCGAGUAUUUCGCUAUUUUAUCUAAUAGACGAGUUAUUUUUAUUCAAAAAUGAAUUAUUUAAUAAUAAUUUUAUUUAGCGUAUUUUUAAGUCUACUGGCUGUUUUAAUAACAAUCAAGGAAAAAAGAAGGAAGAAAAAAUACAAGGAUUUUCCAUCGUAUCCGACGUAUCCUUUGAUUGGAAACUUGAGUUUGCUGUCUUUUUCAUUAAAUGGAUUUCUGAGAAAAAUGGCCAAAGUGAUAUUACCCUAUCGUAGGCUGCUUUUUUGGGUCUGUCACGAACCAGUCAUGUUUUUAUGGAAGCACGAUGAUAUUAUAACUGUUUCAAAUCAGUGCAAUAAUCGUGAUCUUCAUCAUUUCGUUGACGAAUGGAUUGGAUUUGGAAUCAUUAGCGCCAAACCUGAAGACGAAUGGAAAAAAUCGAGAAAAGUUCUGAAUCCAGCUUUUACUUCAGAAAUGACAGCAAGAUAUGUUGAGGUUUUCAAAAAAAGAUCAUUGGCUAUUGUUGAUUGGAUAAAACCCGCUGCAGAUUCUGGAAAAAUAAUAGAUAUUUUCCAGCUCGCAAUGAAGAACAAUAUCUAUAUCAUUGUAGAAAAUACAACAGGCGUUGCGAUGCAAAACAUGGGAGAUAAAGGAAAAGAAUAUGGCGAUGUUAUGGAAGAAGCAACUUUCGCUAUUUUGGAACGAAUAAUAACACCAUGGUUGCAUCCACGUUUCAUGUACAACGCGUAUUUAAAACUAACUGGAAAAAUUAAGACUGUCAACAAGUUCCACGAUUUGCCUGCCAAGAUAUUGAAGAGUAGACUAAAUGAAUACAGAAAUAAAAGUGGAUCAUCAUUCGAAGAUGCUGAUUCAAAAACAAUUAUCGACUUGGUCAUUAAAGGGGGUGUACACGAAUCUGGCUUCACUGAAACCCGCAUGAAAGAUGAACUACUUCAUAUCAUCAUAGCAGCGAUUGAAACCACAUCUUUAACUAUCAGCAGUAUACUUUUAAUGCUAGCAAUUCAUCAGGAUGUUCAGCAAAAAGUUUACGAAGAGGUCGCAGAAGUUUUCAGAGGAGGAAACACACUCACCCCGGACCAUUUAAUGGAGGGACUUAAAUAUUUGGAGCAAGUUGUACAUGAAACAAUCAGAAGAUACAGUCCGGUAUCAUUUACUACAAGACGAUUGCGUAAAGAUACUACACUAAAAGAUAAUACUGUUAUACCAAGUGGUACCCAGGUUGUUUAUUGUUUACAUUUCGCCAAUAAUGAUCCCGAGUUGUACGAAAAUCCUCAAAUUUGGGACCCUGAACGUUUCAGCGAAGAAGCUGUACAAAAGCGUCCAAAAGGCAGUUUCAUGGCUUUCGGAUCUGGACCUCGAUCUUGCAUAGGAAUAAAAUACUCAUUGCAGUCGAUCAAAACUCAACUGACGUACAUUUUAUAUAAUUAUCACGUUUCAACAAAUGUGACAGAAUUAAGGGAAGAUCAGUUAGAGAUGGAUUUGAAUAUCAGAAGUAAAAUAGGUUACCCUAUUAAAUUUACCAGAAGGCAACCGUGAAAAGUUGACGAAUACGAAUUUUAAAAAAAAAAAAAUUUUCAAUUUUCAGUCAGCGAAAAUUCCGCCAAUUUUCUUCGUUAAUUAAGUAAGGUAUAUAUAUUUUUUGAAAAAUAAAACUAGGUACUUACUUAAUAGUAUUACCAACUUACCUGUAGAUUUAGAUUAUGCAAUGCGCCAAUUUAUCCAACUAUUAUGUAAUAAAGAAUAAUGAAUUUCAA